AAAUGCGACCUUCGUACGCCGCUUUGCUCUCGAUGCACGAAACGCAAUGUACAAUGCAUUUAUGCCAACGAGCCUUUGACGGCGACGUUAUCGGUUGCGGAGCGUCAAUGUCGACAACUAUCAAUACCAUUGAGGUCUUUCGAGAUAUGUGAAUUUGGCUCUGUGGAUCCGUUUGAUUCGUAUCCGCCGACAAGACUACCUCGGGAACAUACUCAACGCCUCAUUCAUACUUGUACGCUCUUCCUCUGCAAGUACUACCCUCUUGAUCUGAAUGCAGCCUCAAAUCCAUUUCUCAUCUCUUGGUGGCCACUUGCUCUAGGAGACCCAGCAUUGUUUCACGUAUCGCUACAAACCGCGUGUCUCGACGAGGAGCUGUUAGCCCGAAAAGGAUUUCAAACUUCUGAACUUCUUAUGGCUGAUUCUGUUGCUUUACUGCGACGAAAGAUUGGAAACCAAACGCUGGCUGUACAGGAUGGAACAUUGAACUCCGUCAUCACCUUGGCGGCCAUUGAGUUUGGAAAAGGCAAUAUCAUGGUCAGUCGGAUGCAUAUUGAGGGUGUAAAGAGGAUGGUUGAUACGAGAGGCGGUAUUCGCGGUGUCAGGCAGACCAGCCCGCUGACUGCGAGAAUGACCCAGGAUGACUUUGGAACUGGGUGCGGCAUACCUUCUAUCCCAGAGUGGCAUCUCAACCCGCCUGUCUAUCAACAUGACACGCCAACCCUCGAGGCCCUAACAGCCGAUGCAAAGGUUCGGAACGUGCUCACUCGUCUCCGCAACAUUUUUGAAAAAGCACAGNCAUACCCCCUCUCCACCACGCAUAUCCAUGACCUCACAUGUUUUGUGAUACACCGGCUCCUGCGCCCGACUCCUGAUCUAAAAAGCUAUCCGAUCACUGAAUGUAUACGCUACGGCAUCGUCCUGUACAUGUUCGUGAUCCAUGGAACAACAUACUAUCCGCACACAUUUAUGCUGGAUCAAAUUCUUACACGGUUCGAGACCCAACUUGAGAUAUUGGAAACACACCCUUCAGCGCCUGAUACACUUCGGCUGUGGCUUCUUGCGACUGGUUUGACGGCUUCGACUGGGACUACGCAUCACAACAUACUUUCGGAGAGAGCGCGAGCCGUCACUGCAUCCAUGCAGCUGGAUGGAUGGAAAGAGGUUUUCACCUUAGUCAAAGACGUACUCUGGUUAGAGAUGCCGCAAGUUGAGCGAUUAUUCCGACCUCACUGGGAAAACAUAGGAUGC